GGAGUUUUUUGGUUGUCCUGGUGCUGUGUUUUAUUUCGCUAUUUCUUUUUUUGCGCCACCCAUGGAUACCGUUACACAUUUUUAACUGUUUUAGACACCCCUGCACUCUGGUUGGCAUAAAACACAGUGUAAUGUGAAAUGCCAUUUCCUGGACGGGUCAAGACAGCAUCCAUUCCUAGAUUGUGUUGACCACUUAAUGACCAUGUUUGGCCAUGGAUAUUGGAAGCUCUGCCAUGCUGCAGUUAGCUGAUAGCCAUUUUAGGUGGUUUCUUUCCACCACAGGUUCAAGGGCAGUGUUAAAUUUAUUGGGCAUUUUCUUGCCAUUAUCUCCUUUGCCUUUCUCAUUUACAUGCUCCUGUAUUUGAUAAGCUCCUUUGUUCAAGGAGAUCAGAUUAUGAACCAGCUUCAGCCUUUCCUACACAUGCUCUAAUCAGGGACAUACCUAGAUAAUGAUGCAGACAGACAGGACACUGAGAUGAUGCUUUAAAUAUGACUGCAGAAGUAUUUGACUCAUGUUGAUUGCAUACCUAGAAUCUAGAUUAGAACCACAUCAAUUUUUUAGGAAAUAUUUAUGCUGGUUGGUAAGGUGAUUUUCUUUGGUGGUCAGCAUUCAAUGGCCAAAUAAGAUAUGAUACUAUUAAUUCCCAAAGGAGUACUGUCUGCUGUUUUUUUUCUUAACUGAAGAUCUAUGCUGUUCUGAAAUAUCAGUGAAUGGUUUGAAUUAAAUCUAUUGGUUUGAGAAUGUUCACCCUGACAAGCAAAAUGUGUGCUCAAAUAUGUGUUCAUGUGCAUGAUAGUUGCAGCACAAACAUACCUUGAUUCACUUUUCAUACAAAAUGGUUCUAAAUGAGCUGUGCAGCAAUUAUGUAAAUUUUUACCUUUCUGGACUAUUUGCUAUGGCUCUUCUGUGUGUUGCAUGUCUCAAUGUGUAUGUGAAGCUAUGGUAUUUGCUUCUUAAGUUACCUGAAAGGCUCUUAAAAUCCCAUGUGCACUGAUCCAAUUCUUUUGCAGUUUUUCUACUUUGCAAACAUGCUUGUCAAACAUGGGAGUCUGCAUCAGCUUUGACCAUUUCAGAAUUAUCACACAGAUGUGAUCCUAUCAUGUUCUAUCUGCAGUAUCUUUUUAAGCAAUGAUCCACCACAUGUCAAAUGUAUCAAAUGUAUGAUGACAUUUUGAUGGCCUGAUAUGACUUGCUAGGCAGUUCCUAAUACUUGCUGCUGGAAGUCCAUUGGAAAUACCAUUCACUAGCAAAAUGAUUUGAUAUUCAAUGCAUACCUAGGCGCGGCACCGACCAGCAUGUCAGACCAAGCCAGCUACCAGCUUCUGGGCGAGCGGUCGCGCUGGCCGGCGCGACUGCACUUCCGCCACCUAGCCUUCACUGUGGUGGCCAUGCCCCUCGGUGGUUUCCUGUUCUGCGUCGGCUGGUCCCUGUGCUACAACUUCGACGCGGCGACGUCGACGCACUGCGACGUGCCUAACUACCUGCCGUCCAUCUCGGCGGCCAUCGGCAGCUUCCCCGUGCAGAGACGGGUGUGGAAGACACUAAUCGCGCUGCAGGCGCUGCCGCGCUUCCUGGUCGGCUUCUUCUACCACGAAUACUGGCAGGACACACUGGUGCUGACGUCCGCCUCUCGCUGCUUGCUGCUGCUGGCCGAGAUACUGUACGUCAGCGAGAACUUGGGCCUGAUCGGCCUGUCAUUCGUCGCGUCGGCGGACAACUUUCCUUUUCACAAGAUGUCGUUCAUCGUGUUCCUGGUCAGCUCCGAGUUCUACAUGCUGUUGACUUGCCGGCUGUUCCGGCUGGCGCGCAGCAAGGGAAUCACUCGGCUCGAGGUGAUCUCGCGCCGCCAGAAGCUCAUCAUCUUCAUAAUCAAUCUCACCAGCCUCGUGUUUGCCAUGCACUUCUACGCGCGCCACAACAGGCUCUGCGAGCCCGGUGUGUACACCAUGUUCGCUCUCUGUGAGUACUUCGUCGUGCUCUCCAAUAUGGCGUUCCACAUGACCGCCUACUGGGACUUCCACGACAAGGUCCUGGACUUAAACAACUUCUCUUUGAGGUGACCGGCGCCGCACCGGCCCCUGCCCGACCUGGUGCGCGCGUGGCCACCCCACGUCUGGUGAAGCGAGCUUUGGCCAGGAUGGUGGUUUGCAUUGUGAUGACAAAUGUCUGGGUCGUGUGCGUGGUAGUAUUUAUCGGCUUGUUAAGUGUUAUUUGUUGGAUGUCGAGACCACACUGGAUAGUCGGAGAAACAGCAGGAACACACUUAAAAAUCGUUGAGUACAUAUGAUUUGUAUUGUAAUAGCAUGGUUAUAGUAAACAUGGUCACCAUAAACAUGGUUUCAACAGUAGCAGUUAUGUAUUGUUUAUGUAACUGUGUUCAGGUUGUGCUUUUUUACUUUUGACACCCUGAGGGUGUCAACUGUUGGUCUGUACUGCGUACAGCCAACCUAUGCAUUGCAUUGCUAGCGCAUGUAAUGAGCAAUCGUAGCGAGGCCUAGGCUGGUACAGCGCAAGGAUGUGAGGCAGUACGGAUGUAUUAUAAAUGCGGAACAGCGAUGGUUUUCCGACCGUAACUUGAGACUCGGGCAGCGCGUGGCUAUUUGGGUGGAAGUGUUCGCCGGCAGCUGUAGGUGUUUAAUGACACCUCCCUUAGUCUGCAGCGGUACAGUAGAUGUUCAUGCACAACCGCUGCAGUGGCACAGAUGUGACCUUGAACGGGGCCUGACGCGGCGUACUGGCGUCGUCGGAGACGAUACGGUCAGGCCGUUUUGCAAACUCAGUUUACGGUUAUGCAAUAAGACAUGCUGCUUGCGUUUAUGGAGAUGGAUUCGCUAAAUUGCUCAAAAUACACACGAGUGUCAUAA